AUGUUCGCUGAUUUCCUUCAUUGCAAUUUGUGUUUUGGCUAUUCGGCUCCAUCCUCUCUAUCAAACAAUAACGAAGACAAAUUACGGUUUUGGUUGACUGAAUGUGGACAUAUAAUUUGCCAGGCUUGUUAUAAUAAAUCCACCGAACCUAGUACAGAUGACAACAAUGCUUCGAACUCUAAAGACUCCAAAGAACGCGUUUGUCCGGUUUGCCAAGCGAAAAGUACUGUAGUUGAAUUAACGAAUAAGCUUCCCAACAAUCUAAACAUUUAUUUUCGACCACCCAAUGAAUUAUUGGACGAAGCGGCUGAUGUCUUGAGAUUUCAACAAAGUAAUCUCUACGGAUUACUGAAUUUCCUAAAAGACAAAGUAAACAAACAAAAACAAGUUCUUGAUAAAGCCAAAGAAGAACUUAUCAAACAUAAAGAAAUUAAAAAUCAGUUACAAGCUCUCAAGGAAGAAAACAAACGCUUAAAAACCGAAUUACAAGAGGCAAGAACCGGCAGAAUUAAUAACAGUGAUCCAUCUUCAAUAUCAAAAGAAACACCAUAUUAUAGUCCACGAUCGCUUGAAUCAUCAUCAUCUUCAACAAAAAAUCGAAAUGGUCCUUAUGUUUCUCCAAAGCAGUCACGACCUCCAAAGACACCCAAUCCACCUUCACGUUUAUCUCUUCCCUCAACGUCAACAUGUUCUAUCUCGCCGGCACGACCAUCAUCGAUGAUGUGGAAUAAUGGAGCUGGAGAAUACCAAGGAUUUGAUGGAGGCGGCGCAGUUGAUAUGCAAGGAUCUAUUAGUUCAUUUGCACCUCAAAGUCAAGUAUUAUCGGCUCCGGCGAGAUAUAAUCAAACUUAUGUUGCAUCAACUCCAGUGAACAACAGUAAUCUGGAAAAGUUCAAUCAGUCUGAAUAUUCAAGAAAUCUGUUUUCUCAACAGACCAACGCAACCCCAUCCACUACAUUUUCUCGUCCUGGAACAUCAUCAAGAACUCGUAUGUCAUGGAACUCUCUACAUGGAGUAAGUGGAGGAGGUGGUGUUGGGACCUCUGGACGACCUAGUACAGCGCGUAUUAAUACACGGGCCUCUAGGUUAACUACGCCUAGUCUUGCCACUGUUCCAUCAACACCGAUGAAUGGUUCGGGUCAAUAUCGAUAUCCGUCGAAUUCUGAACAGCAGCAGUCCAUGCUUGGACCUCCCAGAACUCCUAUGACUAGGAAUAGAAACGCAUUACCAGGCUUUAUGAACGGGGAUGAACGGCAAUGA